AAUACUUGACCCUACAAAUUCUUUCUAUUGAGCGUAUUAAAAUGGCACAGUGUUUAUACUUCGAUGCGACAUUAGUUGAUUUAACAGUAAUUGAAUUGGAUGACAAGAAUGAGAAUAUAAGUGAUCGAUUUACAGAAGAUGUUUAUGACGCAAAACAGAUUUUACUUAAGUCAAUGAUAUCAAAAGUGGAUCAAAUUAAUAUUAAAGAAACCUGGCAAAUCACUGAUAAACAACCUGAAAACAGUCAAAGAAAAUACUUC